AUGGCACCGUACGAAGCUCUUUACGGGCGAAAGUGCCGUUCACCAAUAUACUGGGAUGAAGUAGGAGAGAAGAAGAUCCUAGACCCUACCAUUAUCCCUUGGAUGGAGGAUGCCCAAGAAAAGAUCAAGUUAAUCCGUCAAAGACUCCAGACAGCCCAAAGUCGCCAGAAGAGCUACGCCGAUAAUCGAAGAAAAGACCUGGAGUUUGAGGUAGGAGACCAAGUAUUUUUGAAGAUUACCCCGUUGCGUAGUGUCACUGCUGGCAGAGGAAAGAAGCUCCAACCCAGAUUCGUAGGACCUUUUCGAUCCUUCAACGAGUUGGAAAGAGGGAUUGAAAUUGACGAGGCCCUUACUUACGAAGAAAAACCUGUGCAAGUACUGGAUAGGAAAGUUAAGGAGCUGAGGAAUAAGCAAAUUCCACUGGUGAAGGUUCUGUGGAAAAACCACGGAGUCGAGGAGGCAACCUGGGAAAUGGAGGAUGAUAUGAAAACCAAAUAUCCCGAACUGUUUAGUGCUUCAGGGAGUUCCGCAUUACUGCCCUUGCCUCCUGGAGUGCUAACCAUUGUUGUUGUGUUGGGACGCUAUCAAGUGCAGCCUCCGCCGCCCCUGCAGCCUCUUCUGCCUGCUUCACUACGUCAAAUAUAUUACCAAAAUGGUCCCGCAACCACUGUUGGAUUGCAUGUUUAG